GUGCAUUGUGGGGAGGUUGUGGUCCUCCAGCGGCUCGGUUCGGAAUAAUGUCUGCCUCGGAGGCAGCGGACGGUUCUUCCCCGGAAUUGUGCCCGAGCUUCGCCGUGAUCUGCUCGUUUCUGGAGCGGUAUGGAGCUCUGCUGGACCUGCCGGAGGUGUCGUUCCCGGAGCUGGAGCGCAGUCUGCAGGAGAGCAGCGCGGUACCCAAACUCCUCGUGGAUCUUCAUGUGAAGUUACUGAGGAAAAUUGGCAAGUCUGUGUCGGCAGACAGAUGGGAGAAAAAUCUCAUUAAGAUCUGUCAGGAGUUUAACACCACAUGGGCAUGGGAGCUGGAAAAGAAGGGUUAUCGAGAAAUGACAGUGGAGUGUAAGACAGGAAUACUGAAGUACUUGUGUGAAUGCCAGUUUGAUGACAAUGUCAAGUUUAAAACCGCUAUCAAUGAAGAGGACCCAGAUAAAAUGCGUCUUCAGCCAAUCGGCAGAGACAAAGAUGGCCUCAUGUACUGGUUCCAGCUUGAUCAAGACCAUAAUGUAAGGGUCUAUGUGGAAGAACAGGAUGAUCUGGAUGGGUCAUCCUGGAAGUGUAUAGUAAGAAAUAGAGACAGCCUGGCUCAAAUCCUUGGACUGUUGAAGACUCAGAUUGAUCCAGCACUUUUGGUAAAGAAGGAUCAGGAGGAGGGCUCAUCUAGUAACUGUCCGAACCCAGAGAAUGAAGAAGACAAGAAAAAAGAAGGAGCUGAAGUGGAGAUCAGAGAUGAGAAGUCACAAAAUGAUUUAUCUGCAUCUGAAAAUAAGGAAAACAUCUUGGAGAAGGAAAAUGCAAAGCAAGAAGAUGCAGAGACCACAGAUGCUUUGUUGGAAAAAGGCUUAAAGGUGAAGGAAGAGCUGCAGAAACAUUCGGAGACGGCAAACGGCACUAAUGGAUCGAUCAAAGAAGAGCCACAGGAUGAGGAUGAGAAAGUCAAGGACUUGUCAACACCUUCACAGAAUACAGAACAGACGGAGGAUGUAAAAAGAAAAUCUUUAGAAGAGACUCAAAGAGCUUUGAAAAAUGACCAUCAAGCUAAAAUCCCCCUGAAAAAGCGGGAAAUGAAACUAAGGGAAGACUUUGACACCAGUAGCAUGGGAGUACGAAAUGCUCCUCUUGCUCCUGUGAAAGAAUCACUGACAUGUUUUGAUGACAGCAGAUCGAAUGCUGAAAAGAUCAACGGUCAUGUCCCUCACCUUACAACAUCUGAGAGUGAAACGCAAAAAGGGUCAGAGAGUCUUCAAAAAGAAAGCAUAGAAGAGAAUAAUUCUGAGAAACUCCCUCUUGUUUUAGAUGAAUCCAAAGAGAGAAAAAAGAAGAGAAAGGAUGACCAGACGGAAGAGAAGAUGGACACAAAUGAAACCAGAUUGUGUGCUGAAGAGCAGAUGGAAGUGGAGAAAUCUGAGGAAUCCUUUGCCGCCACUGCAGAAGAGAACAAGGAAAAAUCUGAAACUUCUCAAUCUCAUGAAAAGAUCCUUGGAGAAGAAAAGCCCUCACCAGUAAGUGAACAAUCAGAAAAGACACCUGGUUCUGAAGACGUAACUGACCAUAAAAAGUCUCCCAGUAGUGAUGGUACAGAUGCUACUGAAGUAAAUACGUCAAUACUGCCUGGAGAGUCAACAAAAGAAGAAUCAAUGAAAGAUCUCCCAAACAAGGAGUCCACGAUUGAGCUCUCAAAAGAAGAAGACACAAAAGAUCUCCCAAACAAAGAAUCAUCAAACGAUCUAACAAGAGACAAGUCAGGGAAAAUUCCCCUGAAAGAUGAGCCAGCAAAAGAUCAGUCAACAAAACAUCUCGCAGAAGAAGAGACGUCAACUAAAGACUUCUCAAAAGAAGCAGUGAAAGAAUCAUCAAAAGAUCUCGCACGAGAAGGGUCAAUAAAAGAUCUUCCAAAAGAAGAGUCAAUUAAAGAUCUCUCAAAAGAAGAGAAAUCAAAAGAAGAGUCCAUGAAAAAUCUUCCAAAUGAACAAUCCAAGAAAGAUCUCGCAGAAGAAGAGUCACACAAAGUCCUCACAGAAGAAAGUCAGCAAUCUCCCAAAGACUCCAAUAAAGACUAUGAAAAACCAGAUCCAACUGCUUCCACACCGUUGGAAACUGAACUAUUCCAAUCAUCUAAAACAGAGCCUUCUUCCUGUGAAGUAAUCCAACCACAUUCUGGCACAGAAAAGCCAGUGACCACUGAAGAAACUAAACUUCAUCACAGCUCUGCAGACACUACCACAGAAAAAGAGCCAACUGCCAUUGUCUCAAAAACUGAAAAACAGUGUAUAUCUGAAGGAGCCAAGCUCUCAACCAAUGGAGAAAGUAAGUCCAUUGCCUCUAAACCUUCUGAAGAGACAGAUGGCCCUCAAGACAAAGUGCAAGAGCAGUCCGAAUCCCCUAAGCCAACAUCUAGUGAUCUUGAAAAAUCAUCUGUUUCUGAUUCAACAAAUAAGCCAAGCACACCAAAAACCACAGAGAAAGUAGACAGUGAGGAAAAAUGUGAUACAGCUGAAACUGAUAAAAAUGAGGAUUUGGAAACGUCAAAAGACAAAGAUGAAAAGGGUGAAGCUGCAAACAGCUCAGAAGAGUCUGCAGUGAAAAAAUCGGAAGAAGUUAAAGCUACAGAACGACCCAAUGAAUCCAACAGUUUGGAGAAUCCUCCUUCUGAUAGAGAACAUGAAAAGGAACCUGAUUCAAAGGAAGGGAACAAAGAGAAGCCAAUGGAAGUUGAUAAAAUUCAGUCAACUAUUGAGGAGGGAUGUGAGACUACAACAGCAAGAAAGAAGGAAACUGAUGUUCCUGUGGAUCAGAACACAACCUCAAGCAAACAAUCUAAGCAAGACGCAACUUCUGAAGAACGUGAGGCUCCCGGGGAUGAUCAAGAAAAAAGCACCGCUGCUGUGAAAAGCAGUAAAAGGCAAGGACGGCCUCCAAAGAAAGCUCUGGAGAGUCAGGAUGAGGAUAAAACAGGCGAAGAACAAGAAGAAAAGGCACAACGGGAAGGAAUUCGCAUGAAGAUCAAAAUCCCAGCUCACAGGUGGAAGGCAGAACUUCAGAGAGAAGAGGUGAGGGGAGAUUCAGAGUCUGAGGUGACUGACGGCAGGUGCUUGAGGAGAUCUCCGAGAAUCUGCAGACCCACCACUAAAGCUGUGGAGAUCCAGGACAGGAGGGUGGAACGGAAGCAGGCGACUCCGGUGUCUGAGAAAGAAAAGGAUGAAAACGAAGACAAAGAGGAUGAGGAUUCUGUACCAAGGAAACCAAGGAAAGCUGACCCAGAUGGCCAAACAAAACCAAAGGUGGGGAGACGUCGGAAACGACAACCAUGGUCUCGCAUGAGACGUAAAAGGAAAAGUUCUGACGAUGACGAGGAAAGUGAGGAAGAGGAGACGGAGGAGGAUGACAGCGAUGAAGACUAUAAGGUGGAGAAGAAGACCAGGAAAAGGAGAAACCGAAACCGAGAGCGAAACAGCUCUGACUCCUCUUCCUCUUCAUCAGAAGAUGAUGAACCCAAUGACGACCCCUGCAAACACUGUGGCCUUCCCAACCAUCCCGAGCUGAUACUCCUGUGUGAUUCCUGUGACAGCGGUUACCACACUGCCUGUCUGCGGCCUCCACUCAUGAUCAUUCCAGAUGGGGAAUGGUUCUGCUCCCCCUGCCAGCAUAAGCAACUUUGCGAUAGGCUCGAAGAGCAAUUGCAGAAUUUGGAUGCCGCCCUCAAAAAGAAAGAACGUGCAGAGCGAAGGAAAGAGCGACUGGUGUAUGUUGGCAUCAGUGUAGAGAACAUCAUCACACCUUCCGUGGAAGUGGAGGAAGAAAAAGAGGAAGAAAAGGAGCAGGUGGUGAAAGAGAAGAAAGAUGUGAAGAAGAGCAAAGGUUGGGGACGGAGAUCAACCAGGGCAAAGAAAUACAUAAGCUACAGAUUUGAUGAGUUUGAUGAAGCGAUUGAAGAUGCAAUCGAGGAAGACAUUAAAGAAGCAGAAGGUGGAGGAGCAGGCCGGGGAAAGGACAUGGCGAACAUCACAGGCCACAGAGAGAAGGACAUGUCCACUAUCCUACAGGAAGAUGGGAAGGAGAACGGGCAGCCGCGGCGAACCAGUGCAGCUCAGAAGAAGAAGCGGCGGCGUCUCAACGAUCUAGACAGCGACAGCACCGUGGACGAGGAAGAGAGUGAAGACGAGUUCCGUCUCAGCGACAGCAGUUCAGAGGAUGAGUUUGCGGCCUCUGAUAAUGAUGCGGAGAGUGAAGCAGAAGUCCCGUCCUAUGAGGAUAGUGACUUCGGGAGCGAUGUUGCCCGCCCACAGAGAAGACAGCCGCCACGCAGAAGACGCAGACCGAGAGGAUACUCCGAGGAGGAGGAGGAGCUGGAAACUGAUGAAGAGGAGGAGAUGGCGACUGAAGGCUCUAGUGAAUUCAGUGACAGUGACCUGGACGUCCGCUGUCGACGGUCCUAUCGGAGUCGUAAGCAAGAGGUGAAUUACUGUGAAAGCUCAGAUUCUGACGGCUCACAGGCCAGCACCAACAAAGACAAAAAGAAGAAACGCAGACGUCUUUCCAGCUCCGACAGCGAAGUUAGUUUCCAGUCAGCCGAAUCUGAUGAAGAAGACCGGAAGCCCAAGAAGAUAAGAGCAGACUCAUCCGAGGAAGAAUCCAGGAAACGUCGAAGACGCCUGUCCCUUAAACGCCGGAGGGAGUCGGAGGAUGACGAUGAUGAUGACGAUUCAGACGAAUCCGAGGAAGAGGAGCGGCCCAUCCGGAAGCGUGUGAACCGCAUCGACUCUGACGACAGCGAGAGUGAAGAGGAGGUGAAGAAGAGCCCGUCGGAGAAAGAGACAGAGGAGACUGUUGGCAAAGGGCCCAGUCCACUGGACUACAACUUGGUGGAGCUUCCUCCAACUAAUGGACAGAGCCCAGUGAAGGGUUUGGAGGGUCUCAUGCCACGACCCGGGGUGGGAGUGACGGCUAAAAACGGCAACACCCCAUCAGCAGUAUCCAUAGCGCCGAAUGGCAUGGAGAUUGCUGCGCCAGACGAAGAUGAAGACGACCUUUUGGGCGUCACAGACCUCGUAGACUAUGUAUGCAACAGUGAACAGCUAUAACUUGCUAUUCUUUUUCUUUUUUAAAUAUUUUUCUCCUUUUUUUCUGACCCUCAUCCUGUUUUCACCACGGAUCACGUCAACAGUCCCUGUUAAAUGUGCCAGGUGGCACAUGAAUAAUAGCUGUAAAUAUUUUACUGAGCAAAAGUAUCAAGGGAAGGAGACCGCAACCCUUCUAAGAGACUCCCCGAGAUAUUCCUUCUAAAGUAUUGUUUUUGUUCGAUAAGGGCAAUCGCUGUCAAACAAACCCUCUCUGGAAACAACCUCUAAAACCUCUUUUUACACUAAUCACACAGCCAUGCUCACCCUCACACGUCUGACAUAGAGACAUCGAGUUUACAUGCGUUUUGAUCUCCACUGCUGUCAGUUGCACAUUUCAGAGAGAAACGGAAGUGGGUGGAGUCAGUGCAAUUCAGUGAGGUUUCACACAACGCUAAAUAUCGUCAGCGUUCGUUUCCACUCCGAGGCCAUUUUUAACAUUCAUCUUUUAUAAUCUAAUUGGAGUGGAAGUUGAAUUUGGUUUCAUAGUGUCAUUUGGUGGGGGAAAAAUAAAUGUUUUUAUUAAGUGAUUUCAUUAUAAGCUUUUUGUUAUACUAUUUAUUAUAGAAUUUGUACCUGAAAUGAUCACUUGGUCGUACAGCUACUGGCACCAUUAGAGCAAAAGAUUCCUGGAAUAUAUAUAAUGGUGAAAAAUUGCUCAUUUACUUAUGCCAACAUACUAACAUUGCAUCCAAUUCUGUUGCUUUGGACUGUUUUCUAGCACCACAUUUUGAUUUGAAUUCAAACACUAUUUACUCUGGCAUCUUUUCAAUGCAUCAAAUGCCAAAUCUUCCACUCGAGGAUGAUAAAAUGCUGAGGACUCUCACCCACAUCGAUGCGCAGUUUGCUUCUCUGAGGGAUUCCUUGAAGUUUAGUGCUGUUCAUCUUAUUUUAGUGCAGAUAUUCCAUCAAAGCGAUUCUUCUUUGCCCAUCAUGUCCUGUUUAUGUCUGUGUUUCAGUGCACUAUAUUCAUUUUCUUUAUAUAAAUAUAUGAAUAUAAUCAUUGUAAUGUUUUCCUUUAGUUUUGUAAGCAUACUAAUGAUGUGUAUGAUUUGUUUGUUCUUCAUCAAUUACAAAGCAAUACAUUUUUCUUACAAGACAUGCAGGAAGAGAUUCAUCCUCUCCUGGUUUUGUCUGUUUUUAAAGACCGAAAUUCAUGUUGCUGGUGACAUUCGAAUGAUUUCCGACCUUUCCGAGAGCAGCGUGAUGUGAGAUGCCCCUCUGAGAUGUAAGAACACGUCUGAGAAAUAUUGUAUGAUCUUGCAUUAUCCUGGUGUGUAUAUCUGUAGUUUUCUGCUGUAACAUAUUAUAAGCAUUUUUAAAUCAUUUAAAGUAUACAUAGCAGUCCUUUUAUGAUUGCAGCUGUUUAUAAUUUGUUUUUGUAGGUACAUUUGUACCACUCCAAAGUGGGCACGUCUGUCUCAUUUUCAUGCGUUUCUUUCGGGUUUUGUCUUUGAGGGUUUUCAGUCUCCGUCCUAUUUCCACUGAUUGCUAAAACAUUUCCAAGAAUGGUCUGUUCUUAGAGGAAAAAGCAUUUGAUGUAAAGCCCAACUGACAGUUUAAUUGUUUCGCUGUCAGCAUUGAUUGACAAAAGCGGUGUAAAAAUGUUUUGUACAUUAAUGUUUAUGCUUGGCAUGCACAUAUAUUCUAGUCUGAUUUAUUUGCUCUAAGGGCAUCAGAUUUU